GUUGUGCUGCUGGCAGAAUUACUGGUCAGCUGCACGAGCAAGACAGCAGCGCUGCCAGACCCGUGAACUGCGUAAAGGAGCCGGUCUUUGGCUCUACACAAAUGGAGAACUAAGAAUAAUUGGGUACCGGGAGAUGUUCGAUGUCAGAAUAUAUUUUGUGAAAUCUAGAAUGCGCUUAAAACGCAUUGGAAACUGAAAAUUGUGUAGCCUACGAACACGGACAGUCUCUUCAUGAGCUCCAGCUUCACUCCAUUUAUUUGGAUUCUCUUUCGCAGUUCCACGUAUUGAGAUGGUCUAUUUUUGUGAUGGCGAGAGGUCUGUUUCCACGGGCCUGGAUAAAGAAAUCAUUAUUUUUCCAGGCUCGCAUCUCCUUUGUGCGGGUGAAAUACCUGUUCCUCACCUGGCUGACGGUGUUUGUCGGGGGCUGGGUGAUCUAUGUCCAGUAUUCCAACUACACCGAGCUGUGCAGAGGACAUGAGUGCAAGAACGCCAUAUGUGACAAAUACAGGAGAGGCAUCAUUGACGGCUCGGCCUGCAGCAGCCUUUGUGACAAAGACACCCUCUACCUGGGCAGGUGCCUCUCCACCAGCCCCAACAACCAGGUGUACACAGGUGGCUGGGGUGACGUGGACGGGGUGAUCCGCUGCCAGGUGGGGGAGGUGCUGCACUAUGAGCUCGGAGAGGAGCCGGAGCCCCGGAGAGAGGCUGCAGUCUUCGACAAACCCACCCGCGGAACAUCUGUGGAGAAGUUCCGAGAGAUGGUCUUCAAUCACCUCAAGUCAAAACUGGGCGAGCAAGCUAAUCUGGCCAGCCUGGUGACCCAAAUACUCAGCGUCGCCGACGGCAACAAGGACGGCCACGUCUCGCUCCCAGAGGCCCGUUCGGCCUGGGCUCUUCUCCAGUUGGACGAGGUGCUGCUGGGCCUGCUCCUCCAGGAACGGGGCCACACCCCUCGUCUGAUGGGCUUCUGUGGAGACCUGUACGUGACCGAGAGGGUACCCUAUGGCCCCCUUUACGGUGUCAGCCUCCCCUGGCCCCUGGAAGCCUGGGUCCCCAGUGGGGCCCGACGCAGCAUGGACCAGUGGUUCACCCCCUCGUGGCCCCGCAAAGCCAAGAUCUCCAUGGGUCUCCUGGAGCUGGUGGAGGACAUCUUCCACGGCAACUACGGCAGCUUCCUCAUGUGCGACCUGAGCGCCGGCCACUUCGGCUACACGGACCGCCACGACCUCCGCCUCACCGACCCGCGGGCCAUCGUCUCUGAGGACACGUUCAGGCGAACCAUGCGCGCGCUGCACUGCGAGAAGGACGACGACUGCUUGUUUGGGGCAGACUGCCGGACGUCGUGCGACGUGGCUCAGAAACGAUGCAGGGAGGAGGUGACCCAGCCCAACCUGGCCAAGGCGUGCAGGGCUCUGAGGGACUACCUCCUGAGGGGAACACCGUCGGAGCUGAGGGAGGAGCUAGAGAGGCAGCUGUAUGCCUGCAUGGCCCUCAGGGGCUCAGCGGGCCAGAUGGACAUGGAACACUCGCUCAUCCUGAACAACCUCAAAGCUCUGCUGUGGAGACAGAUCUCUCAUACUAAAGACUCAUGAUGUAAUUGACAAGUCUGCUACUGGCACAUUGGCUUGGUUAGAGGAGCCUUUGGGGAAAUUAUUUCUAAAAACUCAACCACUUUGGUGGAUUGUUCAUUCAAGACGUACUAUAUUGUUUUAUCUACCACCUGUUUUUAUGCUGCAUUGGAGCUGUCAAAUCCACAAGCGGCUCCUGGCAUACCUAUUUGAAAGGAAAUUGAUGUGGAACUACCUUUUCGAAAGCUUUUUUUCACAACUUUGUUUUGUAGUAAAACAGAGGAAGAAAAGUGUUUCCAGUGACAUCGGUGAGCAUCGUGCAAUUUUAACCAUUAUAAGUAGACAUUGCCUACUAAUUGGUUGUCAUUGGAAAUCUUCCUUUUUUUAAAUUACUAAGUAACAAAUGUGCCAUUUUCACAUUUUUUCCUUAAAUUAAAACACUAAUUUCAGAUGUAGUCUACACCUCGAUUAGACGGAUGAAUGAUUUUCAAUUUGAGCUCAUUUCUAUAUAGCCUACAUUUUCUCGUUCUGAACUUCUAACGCGAGUGGCUUCAUGACAAUCGAAAGCAGCCGCUCACCGAUUUGACAGCUCCAUCUCAGACAAAACAUUAGCUAUGCGGGUGUGGGUGUCGGCUAUCGCUGGUUAAAGCUUGAUCCAAUUUAAUCUAGGCAUGAGUCGUUGGACUACCACAAUUCAUAUUCAGGAUGCUGGGAAACUGUAGAGAUAUUUGCUGUUUAUGAAGGAGCUCAUGGAACAUUUUGAAGCGAUAGUAUGAACUACACUUGCACAUUACAUGAAGACAAUGUGACCAAUAUAUCUGAGGAAAGCGUAUAUAAGCCUAUGGCUUUCUCCCAAUAAUCUUUCCUGCCAUGUUUUGAAAUGACCAGUAUUACCAGUUAGUCCAUACCUUGACUGAUCCUUUGCUUUUAGAUUCAUGGGAAGUAGUGGAACGAGUGUAUACUUCAGGAGGUAAGAUACUGGGACACACCCCAUGGAGUCAUCCACUUUGCUGGACGUUUCACCACCCUUCCUCACUUGAUGAUUUGUAUUGGCAUAUAGCAGUGCUGCAUCAACUGGACUAAUAAUUAGUCUCUUCUACACCCUCUGAUAAAUGCCAGUUUGCAUACCAUGAACAUUUGUCAUUUUCCAUUAUGUAGCAUCCUAGUGCCAUAUUCUGUACAAGCUAUAGAUCAUGCUGAAAACACCAGACUUGUUAUCUUCCACUAAAGGAGGUAGUGUACAUGAACUACAUUUGACUUGCUGUUUCUACGUCCUUAAACUCAAACUGUACAUCUUUUAAAAUGGAAACCCAGUCCGAUGUGGAUUCUGAAGGAGUUAAAUGCAGCUGUGACCUUCAGUUGAGGGAUGAAUUGCAAUGUAGAUGUAUGUUUACCUUGAAGUUUGAACCAGCAUGAUUUUGCACAAUAAAAACCACAUACCACUCAC